AUGCCUUUGCUACCACAAAAGACGAAUGAUUUGUUUCCUUGUAAACCUUGUGAGAGUAAACGCAAGCUGAAUAUCCCGGCAGAGUUCUGGUGUAAGGAGAUGAACACUUACUUCUGCUCCAUCUGCAAAGUCAGCAUGCAUGAUGCGAUUCAUGCAGAGUGUGAGUAUAUCAUGGAAUCGAGCAAGUCAGCUAUGAUCCGACAAAAUUCACUGUUGACUGAGUGCCGAAUGCAUAAUGAGAGGAUGGAGUUUUACUGUGAAGAACACAUGCUUCCUGCAUGUAACAAAUGCAUUAUCCUAGCACACAACAGAUGUACGCCAGUAAUAUCGCCAGAGGACUUCGGUAUUAAGCGGAGGGAAAGCACAAGGGACACGUCUCUUCAUAAGGAUCUUCGGUACUGCGUAGACGCCAUGGACAUUCUGAGUAAAGAUGUCGAUAAGCAGAUUCAGUCUUUGACUCGUGACAAAGAUUUGUCACUGCAGAGCUUAACUGACCUCCGAAAAGAGAUCGAAAAACAGUACAGUGCCCUAGAGAAGGAGCUCACGGAAAAAUUGAUAACGUCCUUCAAAGUGGAGAUAGAAAAACGGAAUAAAUCGAGACAGAAAUGUAAACAGCUGAUGGUCGUUAUGGAAAACACUCUGGCGUUAUCGAAUGAGGACGAUGACGCAGCGAGGACGAUGUGUCUGUACACGAAAGGACAAGGGGAGGUAAAUGCCUGCAAGGAAUUCAUACAGGAGCUGGAAACGACAUCAAGGUCGACUAGUCUGUCACAUGAAUUUGACCUCAUUGAUACCAUGAACAGUAUCACUAUGGGGAAAAUUGUCGUUCACCAACACCAGAGAGGACCCCCAUCUACAAAGUAUAGUAUUCCGCUGUCUAAACGUAGUUUACGGGAGUUGAAGAGGUUUAACAUCCAAGUUUCUGCAGACAAGAAAAAAUGUUCCGCAUUCGGAAUUGUUUUCCUUUCCGGAGGCCGAAUCGUGGUAGGAGACAAUGCAAAUCGAAAAGUGAAACUCUUCACAGAAAAUGGCGAAUUUCAGUGUGAUGUUAAACUGUCUGAUGAACCAAGUGGCCUUUGUCUUGUUGACGAUUGCACUGUCGCAGUGAUUCUUGUGACUGAUCGAACCAUUAGCGUUAUCGACGUCCCAGAUUUAUCUAUGUCUGUUUCAUCGAAAAUCCAUAUUUCAAAUAUUAUUGAAAACUGUCUCGGUGUGACAUACAACAGCUCUUUUUUGUAG